UGUGUUUAGUGAUCUUAUCCUUCCACUCUCAAUUUUUAUUUUUUUCUUUUAUAAUUUCAUAGAAAGAAGUUAAAUACAUUAAUAUAUUCCUUCCUCCAAAACCCACCAAUUCUAUAUAUAUUAACUCAAAAAACUUUGAAUUUUUUACUUGUAAAUCAUAGCGCUCUUCAUCUUCUUCUUGAUAUAUUAACUCAAGAAACUUUGAAGAACAGAAGAAGCUAUCUGCAGUUUCUUGAUUUCUUUUUUUACUAGUUAUAACCUUCUUUAUCUUCUUCUUUGAAGCAUUGGGUCAUGGCUGAAAACCUAAGAAUCGUAGUUGAAAAGAAUCCCUCAGAGUCCAAACUCAAUGAAUUAAACAUCAAGUGCUGGCCCAAAUGGGGUUGCUCUCCAGGAAGAUAUCAGCUAAAAUUUGAAGCAGAAGAGACAUGCUAUCUGUUGAAAGGGAAGGUGAAAGUAUACCCAAAAGGGUCAUCAGAAAUUGUGGAGUUUGGUGCAGGAGAUCUUGUAACUAUACCUAAAGGACUCAGUUGCACUUGGGAUGUUUCUGUUGCUGUCGAUAAAUACUACAAAUUUGAGUCAUCUUCACCACCACCACCACCGCCACCACCUUCUUCUUCUUCGUAUUCUUCUUCAUCUUCCUCUUCAUAGCUAGUACUGAUCUAGACUUUGUAUAGCUAGUAUCUAGCAGUAGUAUUCUUAUCUUCAAUCUUGAUUUAAUUUCUAUUUAUCAAUCUAUAUUCUUUGGAAUUUGAUUACUGAA